AUGGCCCCUCCUACUCCCACCUCUAACCCUUUCGCCGCCAUGAGGAACUUUGGUGGUAUGGUGUCGUCUGCUCUUUCCUUCGGCGACAGAUCUCGCCAAGUCUCCUCCCUCGGCCUCGGCACCCUCUCUUUGGGGGAGCCAUCUGGCGAUGUCCCGCCUCCUCGCUCCGCUUCUCCUCCCGCCGGUCCUCCCGCUGGUUCUCCCUCUGCUUCUCCUCCUCCUGGUUCUCGCUCUGCUUCCCCUCCUGCCGCCAGCCCUCGCCGCAGGACGCCCGCCUUUCGUCCUGGUGAGUCUCCGUCCUCCUCCGACCAGGAGUCGCUCAGUGGUUCGGAGUCGGACGAUCAGUCGGACUUCGAAGGAAAAGGGGGUGAUUAUAGUGAUGAGGAUGAUAGAAUCGUGUCGGAGGGUGAAACCGAGUUAGAGGAACACUCGGAUGAUGAUAUGGUGGCGGUUAGUGUAGAGGACAACAACGUAGAUAGUCCUGAGCCCGCUCCUGCCCCUCCCCCUGCCCAACUCGCGGGUCAGAAACGACGCCGUUCCCUCUCCUCUUCUUCUUCUUCCUCCUCCUCCUCUUCCGAAGUUCUCCCCCCGCCCGACGCCAUUGCCGCUGCCGCCGCCGCCGCCGCCGCUGCUGACGCUCGCCGUGCCGCCACCCUUGCCGCCGCUGCUGCUGCUGCCCGCCGUGCCGCCACCGUCUCCCGCCCUGCCGCCGCCGACACUCGCCCUGUCGCCGCCGAACCCGUCGCGGCUACCCUUCCUUCUCCCAGAGGGGAGCCUUCGCCCAAACGGGUGAAGAGAUCACUGCGGGAAGAAGAGUACUUGUGGGAGAAGAUGAAGUCCGAGCCUGGUCGUUGGAUCGCGGUUGGUGUUGACGAAGCGUGUGAUCGUUGCCGGUGA